UAGUACAUAUUAUGAACAGUUAACAAGCGCACAUAGUGUUCAGUCGACCAAUGAUCAUUAUUCAGCGAAGGUGCAAGUCAUAUUUAUAUCGUUAUGUUGUUUAAGUUCCAGUUUCUUUCCAUAGGAAUUUUAAUAUUCCUAAACACUUUAAAUAAUUGUAAUGGACAAUUACCCGAUAAUACUGUAACCAAAAUAACAGGAGUUGUUAAAAAUGCAGUGACAGGCGUUCAAGAUUCUACCACAUUGAUAGUACACAAUGUUAAAGAUAUUUGUGAAAAGAUUGGUGAUUGUGUGAAACAAAGUGGGACCAAAGUAGUAAACAAAACGGUUACGAUAACAAAAGAAUCGCUACAAAAUGGAGCUACUGUGGUGAACAAAACUAUCACGACAACCAAAGAGACACUUAAAAAAAUCCCAUUAAAAUCUAUUGAAGAAAUAAUAAAAAAAGCUAAAUGUGUGAUACCCAAGAAUGCCGAUAACAUCCUUAGAGCUGCAUUACUUCAACAGUGUAUCUCACCCAGUCUUGGUUUUGGGAACGAAUCUAGAUGUUUUGACGAACUUGGUUGUUUCUCAAUGGAACAUCCUUGGUCUUCAAAUUUAAGACCAUUUCCACAACCUAUGAAACCUGAAGAGGUAGAAGUAAAAAUCUACUCAUAUACUAGAAAACAAAAUGCUCGAUACACUGUACAAUUAUGGCCAAAUAUUUUAUUAGAAGGAUCGGAUUUCGAUCCUAAUAGGCCAUUCACUGUAUUUAUAGUACACGGAUUUAAUAGCGACGGAGAAAAUCAAUGGAUGUCUGGUCUUAAAGAUGCAUAUUUAAAACAACGUGAUGCAAAUAUUUUCUUAGUUGAUUGGGGAAAGGGAUCAAAGCAAUUUAAUUAUUUACAAGUAGCUUCAAACACAAGGAUUGUUGGUGCAGAACUAAUUAGGUUUGGAAAAUAUCUCGUUGAUCAUUAUCAACUGGACCCACUGAAAAUUCACGUAAUGGGUCAUAGUUUGGGUGCUCAUAUAUCCUCAUAUUUUGGUAAAGGCAUCCCCGGUUUGAGUCGAAUAACAGCAUUUGACCCAGCUCAGCCAGGAUUUGAAGGUUGUCCGAAAGAAGUACGAUUAGAUAAAUCAGACGCUCAUUUUGUUGACGUUAUACAUACUAGCUGUAGACCCACAGUUCCAUUUUUAGGUUUUGGACUUAUCACUCCCGUAGGCCACGUGGAUAUUUACAUGAAUGGUGGUUUCAUACAGCCUGGAUGUACUGUACCUCCAAUAAAUGAAGUAAAAUUAACGAGUAUUUCGGAUUUAGCUGCUAUUCCUGCUGAUGUACUCGGGACUUGGGUUGCUUGCUCUCACGGAAGAUCGUUUUCAUAUUUCAUCGAGUCAUUAGCAGACAAUUGUACAUUCUGGGCUCAGAAAAUAAAAUUAUUUUCUGCUAUUACAAAUGCUGCAACCGUCGGCCAACUCACGCCUAUUCUGAUGAAUAUUGACAAAUGUAAAUUUAAUGAAUGUGUACCAUUAGGUUUAAAUACUGAUCAAUAUCCAGGUAGAGGUGUUUUUAUUGCAGGAACUGCUUUUUUUGAACCAUAUUGUAAGAGCAAUUUGGAAACGGAUCGGCUUAUGCGGAAGGCAUUUAAAAUGAUGAAAUGAAUAAUUGGAAUACAUCAUAUAACAUAGGUAGAAACUUGAUCUGGGCAGUACAUACAGACUAUUCAUAAUACAGUGAAAUAUUUUCCAAGAAGCAUAUAUUAAUGUAAUUAUUUAAAAUCACGUUUGUUGUUAAAAGCUAUGUAUAACUAUAUAACUAUUGAACAAUUAUGUGUAAUUUUAUAUUAUUUUUAGAAAUACUUCAAUCGAACACAUUUCUGAUUAUAUUUUUAUGAUGAGAAUACCUCACCAUAUUUAUCUCUUUUCUAUUUUUCUAAUUUUAUUAUUUAUUAUUCAUUAUAAGUAUUUUUUAGUUAACCUGAAUAAAAUAAAAAUAAUUAUAAUUAAUUGUUAUUAGUUUGUCACCGAAGAUAGGUUAGUCUAGUUGUAUAUAAUAUAAUAUAGGUAGGAAGCAGAUAAAAGACGUAAUAUUUUGGAUAUGCUUGUAUGCACAAGGACAAACACGGUGAGACAACCUCGUAAGUCGUAGGAAUAUAUCUUAAUGGUUUCUAAUAAUUAAUGACUUACAUAGUUACAAAUGCUUUAAUUACUUGAGUUAGAAUCAAGAAACUUACUGCUUAGGUAGGUAUUGUAAUAUAUGUACAUUCUGCGAUGUUAAAUUAUCUGUAAAACAUACAGAAUCCAUAGGAGUCAAAAAUAAAAUAAAAAAAACUUAAUACUCCAAGCAAUUUAUAUGAAUAAAUCGGCUUCGAAGGUUUAAUAGAUGACGUAAACUCGUUCCUCAUUGUCUCAGAACUGUAAAAUUAAAUUAAAUUUUUUAUAUUUCUUUUAUCCUAUAUGCUAUUAGGUAUAUUUAUCUAAAUGUUAUUUAUUGUAUGAAUUACCAAUAAAGUUGAAUUUUAAUUUAAAUAAA